ACCACUACUACAUGAUCCUGCCAGAGGAGCAGACUUUGUCAGAGUCCAAUGACCAAUGUCAAAUGUUGAAGGCACCUUUAGCAGUGCCAAAUGAUGCCACUGACAAUGACCACCUCACUGAGGAGCUCCUCCCUUAUGAGCAGCUCUGCUCUCCAGGCAAAGACUGGAAACAAUGGCUUGGCAUCAGUGACAUCUAGGAGGAGGGUGUCUGGAGAAACAUCCACUCUGAUCAUCCUGUGGACUACUUGAACUUUGCCCCAUCAUAUCCUCAUGGAGGAUUGCUUUACAACUGUGCCUUGUUGACUGUCUCAGGCUCCUGGCAAGAUACUGAAUGUCUUAAAACAAACAAAAAAUGUGCUGGGUGCUCAAUAUAUAGGUCAGACUUUCUACACCUCAGAGGUUUAUGUUUUGACAGUGAAUAUCAAAUUCGGUUCAGACUGUCAGGAUAUACCAAUAACCGACCUCAUUUCCGUGGGUUUUAUGAUCUCUUGAUAAUAUGGGAUGCACCCAAUAAAACUUGGCUUCUACAGAGAUAUUUAGAUAACUCGACCCUUAUGUAUAUAAAUACAUUGGCAACUAAUGCUUAUCCAACAGGUAAACAUGAGUGGAUAACAGACAGAGAAAUGUGUGGUGUCGCUAAAGGUAAUAUCAUAACCCUUAGCCUCUCACCUUGCACAAGUGAGGACUUUAUGUGCUCAUCUGGCCAAUGUACUGAUCAACAUUUUCGUUGUAACUUGGACCAUGACUGUAUUGAUGGCAGUGAUGAGGUCAACUGUGGUAAAGUGGAGGUUGGAAAUGAAUACCAGAGUGAACUGCCUCCUGCAGGUCCCAAAGGCAGUGUUCUAAAGCUCCUUCCAGAGCUCAUUUUGUUAAGGGUGGUUAGCAUUGAUGACAUUAGCAUGGCCAUUGAUGUAGAACUCCAAGUGGUCCUGACAUGGAUAGAUGACCGAUUGAGCCUAAGGCACCUGAGUGUGUCUAGAGGUGGGGCCAUCCUGACCAAGGACGAGAUGCAGAUGGUGUGGACACCCAAGUAUCAACUGAUGAACCUCGAAAGUGGCAAAAUGGAACUGCUGGAACAGAGCAUUAGUAUAACUACGGCUAACAAUGCCACAGUUUCUGCCUUCAAUAAUGUUAACAGGGACUUGCUUUACCCCGGUGCUACCAACAACCUCUCCAUCAUCAGCCACUACACAGCAAGAUUCACCUGCUUUUUCAGAUUUUUUGGCUACCCUUUUGAUGUGCAGUAUUGUACUAUCGAUGUUCGUCUCCCAUCCACUUAUGAGGAAAUUGUUGAAUUCUCAGAGGAAGUUAUAAUCCACUACACUGGUGACACAGACCUGGCACUCUAUACCAUCAGGGACAUCAUGCUUGGUUCAGAUUCAGGGACUAACAAGGCAAUCUUGGAAUUCAAGCUCCACCGACGGCCAGGGGUGGUCAUGUUGUCAACCUUCCUACCCUCCUCACUACUGUUACUGGUGAGCUGGUCAACGCUCUUCAUUAAACUUGAGGCACUCAAUGUUCGUGCCAUCAUGUCUCUCACAACACUCCUUGUUCUCUACACGCUCUUCUCCAAUCUCUCUAGUUCUCUUCCAACAACUGCAGAGAUCAAACUUAUAGAUAUCUGGUUCUUUUUUAUUAUCUCUCUCCUUUUUGUAAACAUCAUGGUGAAUGUGUUCGUCAGGAAUGAAGUAACACCUAGGCCUUCACCAUCAGUCAAGAGGGUGACGCAAGUCCGGCCAAUGCUUCAAGAAGAUUUACCUCCCAUCGAACUUAAAAUCUAUGUGUCAGUUAGAUUUCUCUAUAUUUACAAAAUGAUUGUCAUACCCAUAUUAAUUAUAAUAUUUAAUAUAUUCUUCUGGUUGGCUGUAUUCAUUUUGAAGUAAAUGCUGUACAGUACUGUACUUCAAUUUUAAAAUUCAAAUUUUGUUGUAAAAUUCAAAAUGUAAGUCUUACAGCAUUUGGGAAUGACAAAACAAGGGGGAAGAGAAGUACAGUAUUAUGUACCAGAAUUUAAACUCACACUCUGCUAGUUAUUUGGCCUUGAGAGAUUUUUUCUCAAUAUAAGUCAGGUAGCAACAUGUAAAUUAAAACUAAAUGUUAGGAUUUUAUUCAUAAUAUACUGUAUUCAAAGCAGGUGAGUUGUUCUCAUGAUGUGACAAGGAUAAUAUCCUAAGGAGAUAUAUGUAUGAGAUUUUUUCAAUUGGCUAUAAUCCUGAUGGAAUAUUUUGUAAUUAUUUUUCAAUUAACUCUAGUUGUAGUCAGGUGAUGCCUCCAUCACACAAAGCUUCUGGGAUAUAAAUGUUCACUUUUAGCAUUUGUGUUAUAAUAAUUACAUAAGUUACCAGUACAGUAGUUUAUAUAAUGCAAAUACAGUCUAUCUUCUUAUUGUUCACACUUUGACUCUUCCUGGUAUAAUAAAAGUUCACUAGAAUCAGAAAAAAAAUUCUCCU